AGAAGUAAUGUUUCAGUUUUUAGAGUGUAUUCAACACUAUUAGAAGCUUGUUUAGUAACGUAAAUUUGUUACAAGAUUUUUAGAAGCAAAAACAUGAGAGUAUGUUUGAUAAAAAGUGUUAAAGUUUGAAUGGUUAGUUAAAAAUAUUAUUUUAAAUUUUUUUUUUUUUUUUAUAAUAGUGUUUUGUGCUGAAGUAAACAAAAGCAUCAUUUUGAUGCUUUCGAUUUUUGCGUCAAUUUUGGAAGCGCUUCAAUACUAUUCAAAAGCAGCAAAUAUUACAUGACAUGCUAUUGUAGAAUUGUUUCAUUUAAGGCCCCUAUUCAGUGGUAUGAAAUUGGAGUUUCAUAAUUAAAAUUGAAAAAAAAAAAAAAUUUGAUUCAUUCUGGAAUUCUACCAAUCUCCAGCUUAAAUGAAUUUUAUUUUCUGAAUAAAAGAAAAGUUGCACAAUUUAACUCUCUCUUAACCAAAAAGUUUUGCCCGAGAAAUCGAAUCGAACCAAUGGUUCAAAACUAAAACCCAAACCCAAAAACUGGAGCUUUUACCGGCAAAAAGGAGAUGUAGACUCAGACGAAUGCGCUGACGGAGAAGGCGAAACGAUGGUUGAAUGGGCCGACGGUCGUUGUCCGUUCUCGCUGUUGCUGUUGUUGGUUUUGAGCCUUUUUUCUUGUAUUGCCUUCAAGCUUGUAUGUUAAACUUCACUUCAUUCCCAUACCAACCGAGUGGUGAAUGCAUUGGAUCCCAAGAAACGAUCAACAAGUGGGGCAGCUUUCCCACAACCCUUUGCUGUCAAAAUGCCCUCACUGUUCUGUCAAAGGCAUUGGCACAGCAGGCAAGAAUUGGGGAUGGACACAUCUUCUUAGAUGAAGCUCACUGGAGAAACUGUAGCGGUUCCUUUACGCGACAGCACUCUGUUUCUGUGCAGUCAUGUGGCUUCUAUGAUCUCUUCCAUGGAAGCAGCAAAUGCUCUAGCAUUUCUUUGUCAAAAUUUAAGCACAACCAAACCUAUCAAGAUGCCUCAAACGAGUGUAACCAAUUAAAGUACUCUUCAUUCGAUGAGGCUUGCCGGGGUUGUGCUAAUGCAGUAGUAAAAGAAACGGAUGUUCUAUUAAAGGAGUUCAAAGGAAUUGGAAAUGACAGAGAAAAAGGGAUAUGUGGCUUGGCAGUUGUUGUUUCUGUUGCUGCUGGGAUAUUGGAUGAUCACCCCUUACUAAUGGAUUUCUAUAGUUGUUUAUCUUCCUUGGAUGUGUUGGAACCAGGAUACAUCAAAAUAAAAUUUUCAGUUGCAAAAACAAUAUUGGCCAGUCUAGCUGCAAGCAUUGGACUAAUGCUGAUUGUUCUACUGACAAAAUGUGUAAAGAACAAACAUGGGUCGGAAUUUUUGGUAACGAAGAAAAGCACCAAGGUUGUGACAUGGCCUGACCUCUAUAUAUUUUCCAAGGCUGAGAUUGAGAAAGCGAUAAAUUUUGUUAACGAAAGAGAGAUUAUCGGACGAGGAAAUGCAGGUAUUGUUUACAAAGGCAUUCUUCCCAGUGGACAAGUUGUGGCCAUCAAGGAGAUAAGGAGCACUGUGUCUGAUUCUUUCCUUGUGGAAGGUGAAACUCUUUCAAGAGUUCGACACCUGAAUCUAGUGUCUCCCCUUGGUUACUGCAUGGAAGAGGACUACAUGUAUUUAGUCUAUGAAUAUUGUUCAGCGGGAAAUCUAGCUCAACAUCUACUAAGGAAGGACACUGUCUUAACAUGGGAAAGAAGAGUUAAGAUCCUAAGGGACUGUGCAUGUGCCCUGAAGUAUCUCCACAAUUAUAUAGAUGGCUCCAUUGUUCACAGAGAUAUUAAGCUAACAAGCAUCCUUCUGACUGAGAGCAUGGAAGCGAAGCUGACUGGUUUUGGGUUGGCGAAGAUGAUGGGGAUGGAUGAGAAUAAAUUAUUUACAGAGAUCUGGGGAACCAUAGGCUAUUUGGAUCCUGAAUAUAUGGGCACUGCUAUGCUCACUUGUGCCAGUGACAUCUACAACUUUGGUAUUGUUGCUCUACAACUUCUAUCUGGACAAAAAGUAUUUGAGCUUGAUGUUGAUGCCAGUGACCAACUGGCAAGAAAGGCAAAGGAUGUGACUCUUGGGAAACGUCCGCUAAGGGAUAUCCGAGACCGGCAGCUGAAUGGAGACUUUAAUGUUGUAGACUUUGGAUGCAUAUUAGAUAUUGCAGUGCUGUGUGUUUCCAGAUCAAGCGCAGAUCGACCGACCAUAGAUGUGGUCUUCGAAGAGAUGGAAGAGGCUUGGAACAACACCCUUGCUGAUAUGAGAGCAAAGAGGGCGAUGAACUCAUCAGAAACACCGCAGUCCAGAUCAUUCCAAAUUAUUGCACUGUGAUAUAUAUAAAGUUGGUGUUGUUUAGGAAAUAUAUGUACUUCAUAGCUAUAGAUUUAAAAUAAAAAAUAAAAAAUAUAUUUGUAUAUAUAUUGACAUAAUGCUUCAAAGGACUUAAAAGAAUAACAUAUAGAAUGUUCAACGUGACAGUUGGACACAAAGAAUAUGCUGUGUUUUCCAAAACAUUUUAUUUUCUUGCGUAGGAUAGAUCUACUGUUCCAAAUUGAUUAUGUUUUUUCAUUACUUCAUUACCCUUGUACAUAGUUUGAUUUAUAUAAUCAAUAUGGAUAUUUUUUUAUGAGGA